AUGAAAACUUUAUUUUGGUCACGUACUGUUCAUUUAACUUUGAGUGUACAAUAUCCAUUUGAAAUUAUAAUCAUUCUUCAAAAUGGUGCUAUACCACUUCUGGAACAUUUAAGUAUAACAUUUGAACAAGAACAAUACGAAGAGAAACCUUAUUUAAAAAAGCAGCAACCACACAUUCAAUUCUGUCAAUCUGAUAUUCAUCGAAUGACUGAUGCUACUAAACUUCAGACUCUUCUAUUACGUCAUUUGGCUCUCAAUCAACUUAUAAUAUUACUCAAUUCUCUCAAUAUGCCUUUAUUGAAGAAAUUAACGCUUGUUGAUAUAUUCGAUGAAAGUAGGUUAUAA